AUGUUGUCGAACGUGAGAACCAGCAUAAUACGUCAGGUUGACUACCUCACGUCGGGAACGCAACUGCAUUUUAUCAGGACAAAAAGAAAGAAGGCUGGAUCCGACAAGUCGGAGGUGAGGAAAUUGGUUACCCAGCUGUCUGUGCUCUCUGCCAACAGAAAGCAGCCCAAGUUGUUGAAAUUUUCCAAUGAAGAUUAUGUCAAGCAUCAGGUGAUCCAAAAAUCGUGGAAUCUCUACGUCAGAGAUAAAAAGGCUGAAGAGGCCAACAUUUUACAAAAGCAGUACGAAUCGAUAAGGGCUGCUAACGAGGACCUCCAGAGUGUCAGCAAAGAGCUUUUCAGCUUUGCAAACACCAGAGAACCUUCCAAGAGAUUUCCCCUUGAGCUAAGGGUUCCUACAGAGUAUCCACCCAAUCAGAUUUGGCAUCACGACUACACGCCCAAAGUUGAGAAGAAGAAAUGA